CAACUGUAAGAGGCAUUAAUCCACUAAGCACACGAGCCAAACUUUCCCAUGUUUUCAUCUUCAUCUCCCUCCAACAAUGUCUGUUUCACUCACUGCCUCUGUCUUUCUCCUCAUGUGCUUGCUGCUCAACAUUUCUUGCAAGUCUGAAGCUCAGCCAUCUCCCAGCAGAAACAUUUCCGCAUGCUAUACUCCCUCCAACAGCAGCCCUUACCAGGAGAAUGUCAAAACCGUGCUCUCCUCUCUGACCUCCAAACACACCUCCGACUACCUCGCCGGGUUUGCCACCGCCGUGGCAAGGCAGGGCACACCAGACCAGGUCUUCGGGCUCUUCCUCUGCCGUGCAGAUCUAAGCUCAGCUUCGUGCCAAGCCUGCGUCACCAAUGCUAGCGAAGGGAUCCUCCUGGGCUGUGCUGGGUAUAAAGAUUCCACCAUAUGGUACGACUUGUGCAUGUUGACUUACAACUACCAACCGAUCGUCUCCACCCUGAGGGUUAGUACACAUGCCUGCUGGUAUGAAUAUAACAUCUCGGAUGCCACAACCACCAGCUUCAAGAAGUUGCUGAAAGUGACGCUGGAGGCCCUGAUCCCAAAUGCAGCCGGUGCCCAAUUGGCAGGCAAGAAAUUUGCGGUGAACAGGACCAGCCUCGCGGAGUUGUGGCCCCUGUACACUCUUGCUCAGUGCACGCCAGACUUGACGGCUCCCAACUGCAGCCAGUGCCUCCAAGCGGCAGCCGAGAAGCUUCCUCUGGGAAAGGGAGGGGCAAUGUCCCUUCUCCAAAGCUGUAACAUACGGUACUCGAACUACUUGUUCUAUAAUGAAACUACAGUCGCAGAGCUGCUAUCACCGCCACCAGCUCCUGCUCCCAGAUCUGCUGAAGCCAUCCCUAAUUCUCCAGCCUUGGUGCCAAGAUAUCGAGCGAACUUGUCAUUUGAUAGUGAUUUGCCUGUCCCGCCUGUCCCGCCUGAACCAAUGAUACCACUAGAUCCUGCUCCCAUAUCCCCACUGCUGCGAUCGCCACCACCAGCUCCUGCUCCCAGAUCCCCACUGUUGCUAUCGCCACCACCAGCUCCUGCUCCCAGAUCCGCUGAAGACAUCCCUCGUCCAGGUGUAAUUGUUGCCAUCAUCAUUGCUGCCAUUAGUGUGACUGUGGUGUUAUUCCUCAUCCUCUGCUGCUUCCUACGGAGGAGACAUGGAUUCAAACAAUACAAGAACGUUGCUAAAGAUAUCAAAACUGCUGAAGCCAUGCAAUUUGAUUUCGCUGCAAUACAAGCUGCGACGAGCAAUUUCUCUGCAGAUAACGAAUUAGGUAAAGGCGGGUUUGGCGUAGUAUACAAGGGCCGGCUUCAAGAUGGACAAGAUGUGGCAGUGAAGAGAUUGUUUAGGAGCUCAUUCAAUUGCUGUGCAGAAUUUAAGAACGAGGUCGAGGUGGUGGCAAAACUCCAACACAGAAACCUGGUGCGGCUACUUGGGUUUUGUGUGGAAGGAGAAGAGAAGAUACUCAUUUUCGAAUAUAUGCCAAACAGGAGCCUGGACUACUUCUUAUUCGACUCAGAAAAACGUGGACUCUUGGACUGGUCGAGAAGAUAUUCUAUAAUUUCAGAAAUAGCUCAAGGGAUGCUUUAUCUUCAUGAAUAUUCCCGGCUCAGAAUAAUUCACCGGGACCUAAAGAUUGGCAACAUUCUCUUGGAUGCAAAUAUGCACCCCAAGAUUUCAGAUUUUGGAAUGGCGAGGAUUGUCGGGGUUGAUCAGACCCAAGGAACUGCUAGCAAAAUUGCGGGGACAUUGGGUUACAUGCCUCCAGAGUAUGUAAGGACUGGUCGCUUCUCAGUGAAAUCUGACGUAUAUAGUUUUGGCGUGUUGGUUUUAGAGAUUAUAUCAGGCAAGAAGAACAGUUCCUUUGCUCAUCCAGACAGUGCUGAGGAUCUUCCAAGCUACGCAUGGAAACGCUGGACUGAUGGGACACCUAUGGAAGUGUUGGAUCCAAUCUUGAGGGACUCGUGCACGAGAAAUGAAGUCAUUAGAUGCAUCCACAUGAGCCUGUUGUGCAUCCAGCAAAACCCUGCUGAUCGGCCUACAAUGUCUACGAUAGAUAAUAUGCUUAAAAACUAUGCUGUUACCUUACCGGACCCUCAACCUCCUGCAUUUGGCAUCUACGGUCCCAACAUUAUUGAGGACAAUGGUAAUGAACGGGCAGCGUCUGCAAACGAAGUGACGAUUACUGAAUUCGAACCUCGGUAGAAGGGAGAUACUCCGUAAUAAAUAUUAAGUGAAUUGUACACAUUACAAGUGCCAAAGCAUUACUUUUCAAGUAUGUUUAUUGGGUAUUAAAGCUGUAUGUAUGUGAAACCCGGUGUUUUAAUAUGCAUGCGUGUGUGUGUGUGUGUGGAUUUGUUUAUUA